CAACCUUCGUAUUACGGCAACCUUCCUCUCACCUCACUUCAUGACCGCCCAGCUGUUGCUGUAGUCUGUAGUAGAGAGAAGCUCGUGGAACUAGUUCGUACCUGCAGGUGGGUGGAAAGCUUGUCUGUUUGUUGCAUUGCAUCAUCCGUUGCUGCCUCAAAGCUCCUCAUCCAACACCAUAAACUCUACACUUCCGCAAGACUCUCACAACUCACUGCAGUACAAUACGUAUUCACCGAUACAGUCCUCGAUCAUGGCAGUCGAACCAGGAACGCGCAACAAGCGCUUCGUCCCACUCGAAAACAACCCUGAAGUAAUGACCUCUCUCCUCCACAACCUCGGCCUCUCCCAAUCCCUCUCCUUCCACGACGUCUUCUCAAUCGACGACCCCGACCUCCUCGCCUUCGUCCCACGCCCCGCGCACGCCCUCCUCCUCGUCUUCCCCGUUUCCCAAACCUACGAGAAAUUCCGACACGAAGAAGACAGCUCCAAAUCCGAAUACACAGGCAGCGGCUCUUCCGAACCGGUAAUUUGGUACAAACAAACGAUUGGGAAUGCCUGCGGUCUCAUUGGCCUUCUCCACGGCGUCAGCAACGGACAAGCGAGAACUUACAUUCAACCCGGCACGGCGUUGGAAGAUCUGGUCAAGAAGGCGGAGCCAUUAGAUCCGGUGAAGCGAGCGGUGUUGUUGGAGGAGACGGAGGCUUUGGAGACGGCACAUCAGGCUGCGGCUGCGACGGGCGAUACGCAAGCGCCGAGUGCAGAUGACAGUAUUGAUUUGCAUUAUGUCUGUUUCGUGAAGGGGAAGAAUGGGAAUUUGUGGGAACUGGACGGCAGGAGGAAGGGACCGCUUGACCGAGGCAGCAUUGGAGAGGAUGAGGAUGUGCUGAGUCCAGCGGCGCUAGAGAAAGGCGUAAGAGCGUUUUUGAAGAGAGAGGAAGAGGCUGGGGGCGGAGAGCUGAGGUUCAGUUUGAUCGUACUGGCGGAAGCACUGGAUUGAGGGGCCAGCCAAGUGCUGUAUGAGGGCAAGAGAAUGAUAACGAUGAUAUGAUAU